UCUCUUUCAGUUCUGCUCCUGUACCUAUAGAUGCAGCAUGGGGCGUGUAGUUUCACUUUCCUUUUCGCCUACAUCUCCCAGCGUUCGCUCGGACCAUUUUAUUUUCUCAAUCGCGUCCUAAUGCCUUUAGAAAACUACCUGCUUCACGGCCUGGUGUAAAACAAAAGCGAAUCCAGUAAAUCCAGUCCCUCGGGAGUCUUCAUGAGAGACCGGAGUGCAGCAGGGAUGGUCAGGAAACUCUGACUGCAGAUAUAGUGUGGUUUCUAUCGGGAUAGUAUCGUUGGGAGCGGAUCAUCAUGGAGCUCCAGGAGGCACCGGCGGACGCGCAGCAGCUGGCCGCUGACAGGACGCACGAGAGCCGCAUGGACGAGUACCUGCGCUCGCUGGGCUUUUACCGCAAAAAGAUCGCCAAGGAUGGGUCAUGUCUGUUCAGGGCCGUGGCAGAACAGGUGUUGAACUGCCAGGCUUUACACACAGAAGUGCGCGCAGCCUGUGUGAAUUAUCUGAGACAGAACAGAGCUAACUAUGAGCUGUUUAUCGAAGGCGAUUUUGAGAAAUACCUGGAGAAUUUACAGGAUCCUCAGAGCUGGGUUGGACAGGUGGAGAUCACAGCUUUGGCUGAGCUCUAUAAGCAUGAUUUCGUUAUUUUCCAGGAGCAUGAUCAGUCCCCUGUUAAUAUCACAGAGUAUGGCUUCACUAAAAAGGUGCGACUGUGCUUCCUCAACGGAAACCAUUAUGACAGUGUUUACCCACAAUCUUUUGAGAAAAGUGCUGCUCUGUGUCAGUCGAUCCUGUAUGAGCUGCUGUAUGAUCGAGUGUGUGGCGUCGAACGCAGUGUUUUAGGCUCGUGUAUGAAAGGAGGGAAAGGACGAGAUAAACUGGAUUCGGAGGAAUGUAAGAGCAGUGAAGAGUCUGACUUGGAGGAAGAUGAGUUCUGGUCGAGUGAAGCCAGAGAAAAGCCUUCCAAUGGGAUGAACGUCAGACCGCCGCAUAGGGGUCGUGGGAGGGGCCAGUCUCGAGGAAGGGGGCGUGACCUUCUCUCCACUAAGGUGCAGAGGUCCCUAAACCCCGCCCUCUACAGGAACGUGGAGUAUGACGUGUGGCUCCGUUCUAAACGACUUCAGCAGCAGCGGGAUUUCUGCAUGGCUGCAGGAAUGCAGUAUUCUCUCGGAGAUAAGUGCAAGGUGCAGCUGAAUAAUCGCUUUUAUGAUGCUUACGUUCAGGAAGUCAGUCCUGACAAUGGGCCGGUCACUGUGUUUAUUGGGGAACUCAACAAGCAAGAAACUGUGCCGUUGUUGAGUUUGCGUCUUCCAUCUGAAGAGACUCAGUCAUGGCAGCCAGUGGCAGAAAAGGGCAGAAGACAUGCUGCACCAAACAACAGCACACAGACGUCCUCUGAAUGGGAAAGCAGAGGAAGUCGGAGGUCAAACAAAACGCCGUCUCAGUCGGCACCCAGCGGCCGUGUGCAUAAGCAACACUCCUGGCCUCCGCAGGCCACCCCGGAUGACACGAGAAACAAGUUCAGACGGUCCGAUCAGCACAACAGUCCUGUGGGUGUGCUUCCAGAGGAGAAAAAGGAAAGCGUCAUUUUGGAGCUUCUGCACAAAGAUGAGCACAACUUCCCCUUACUGGGAACAAGCCCCCAAACGGUCAGUGCUAGUGAAGUCACAAAGAAAGGAGGGGAAAAAAGAGCCUCCCGUAAGAAAGACCAAAAGGAGCAAGUCUCAGAGACAGAAACACCCCAGAGGCCUGUACAGAGACAGAAAAUUGCCACUGAAGAAAAACAUGGGAUAAAGGUUUCUGAGGAGCCACGGCAGAAACCUUCUUCAACAAUAAAAGAGAAAGUACAGGAGAAACCCACCCCUGCCUCUCCUUCUCCACCUCCUGCUGUUAUCGUCUCAUCUGACCCCAAAACAGCCCCAUCUUUAUCUCAGUCUGAAUCUGCUAAAGUCCCCGCUCCUAAUCAGUCUGCUCCCGAGGCAAUUAAAAAGACCCCUAUCCCACCUAAGGCUAGCUCUGCUCGAAGCACAGACAACAGUCGGUUUGCCCCGGUGUCCACUUCAGCCCCUUCACAGUCCAUCUCUGUGGCAGGAGCAGUCUCUGGUAGCACCCCUGCCAUUAUUCAGUCUAGACCUGCUCCAAAAUCUACCUUACCCUUAUCGCAAGCUAUCCCAGUGCCUACCCUAGUGAUCCCAACACCUGAUCUCAAUUCCCAGCCUACUCAAACAACAUCUCAGAUUACCUCGGUUGCAUCUCAGAUCACCCCUGUGGAAGUAGCUCCUGCUAUCCCAACUCAAACUACUCUGGCCCCUUCUGGCUUAGUCCCUUGUGUCUCUGUAGAACCAACCCUGUCCAUUCAAAGUGCCCCACCAUCUUCUAUAUCCGCUUCACCAUGUAUACCAGUCUCUGCAAUACCUGUAUCUACCCCAGCUCAGGUUCCUGCCUCUAUAUUAGAUGCCCCAGAUCAGACUUCUGCCACCCUUCCCAUUGAUGGAAGCAGUGGUCCACCAAUUGCCCAUAAGUCUGUAGACCCUCAUACGACUGUGACACCAAUCCUUCUUGCCCAUGCUCCUCCUACCUCCAUCUCUCCUUCCUCUGGUCCUGCCCAAGCUCCACCUCCAGACUUACCUCAGUCUUCACUCAAUGAAUCAAUUCCACAGCCCUGUGAAACAUCAGCCAUGCCUACUUCUAGUGUAGCACCUGCUCCUGACCCCCCAUCCCAGCCCCAACAACUCCCCUAUCCUCAUGUCCAAUGGUCUCAGCUCCUUCAGGACCCAGUUUAUCCAGGAUUCCCCAAGAACGAAAAGGGAGAGGUGGAACCGCUGCCCCCCUAUUCCUUCUCCCAAAAAGGAGAAGACCUACCGCAAGAUAUGAAUGUCCUCAGGUUCUUCUUCAACCUCGGUGUCAAGGCAUACUCUCAGCCGAUGUUUCCUCCCAUCGUAUAUCUGGGUGCACUUAACCAAGCCUAUCAGAUGCACCUUAGAGGGCCUCCUCCUUCCUCAGACUCUCCUGCUAACCCUACUGUGACUUCAUGGCAACCAGAAAACCCUUCUCCUCCUCAAAAUUUGAGCUCUAUCCCUGACACCUCAUUGGACAGCCAUGCUCCCGUUGCACCUUUAGCAUCUGGUAGUGGUCCUGUUGGUCCCAUAGAGUCAGGAGGGUACAAUGAUCAUCCUGUAUCCAUUCCAAUGCCACUGCCACCAAGGCCACCAAUGCCCUGGCCAGCUUCUGCUGGUCCAAGUAGCUAUGCUGGGUCAUACCCAGCUGGCCCUCCAAUGCAGUUUUCCACACCACCCUAUCCACCCCCUGGGAAUCCGAUGUAUCCGCAGUCUUCCGUUGGGUACCACCAUAUGCCACUUCCAAUGCCUCUUGAGGCCUUUAACCAUGGCCCUCAUGGUCGGAUGGAUGUCUUGCCGUUUGUUCCUCAAUCACUGGACAGAGGUCAAGGAAAUGGCCAGAGGUCUGUAAACCCCCAGUUUGGGUCCUUACAGAAGACCGCUGGCUUUCCUGGAGGCCAACCUCAUUUAAAUGCUGGUGAUUUCAAGCCUGUAGAUAUUCCCGUUUCGGUGGCCACAAUGGAACCUCCACCCUUUAGUGGACCUUGUUCUGUUUUACAACCUUUUCAGAUUGGCCCCCUGCAUGGAGACAUGGUAGGAUUGUCUCCUUUAACCAAUGGGAACUUAGGAAAACAAGGGGGAGUCUUCCCACAGAACCUUCAUGCUGGUCCUAUCACAGAAGACCCUUCUCGCUCCAUUCACCUAUAUUCUCCUGAUGAUAAGUGGUCAGUGGAAGAGAUUGAGUAUCCCAAUGUAGAUCUUAGAGUAACUCAGUCCUACUACAGCCAGUCCUACAGGGGUGGAGGAAGACGCGGCCAAGAUGACAGAGGAGGAUAUCGAGGCAGGAGCCACCGAGGCCAGAAAAAUUAUUCUGGCCGUGGGAGACAAGAUGAACAAUCGUCUUAUAGACAUUUUGGGAGACGAGGUGGAGGCCCAAGGAUAGCGUCGCAGUUACCUUACCAGUGAUGCUGAAAUGCUGGAUAUACACUAAUUUUUGGUUUACAAUGAUAUCAGAUACACAGAAUCUGUUGUUUUGAGUUUAUGGGUGGUUUUUGGUAAAUGGUGUUGAUUAGGAAUAUAUCCAAUUGUUUUUAAGUUUUUUGGCCUUUUCUUCCUCCACAUUCUUGAUUAAAAGUACAGCAAUUGUUUCACCUGUUCCUAUUUCACUAAACCCCUGUGAAAAUGUAAAUGCGUGUGUGUGUUUGCAUUGGUAAUAAAAUCUAGUAAAUAUUUUGUUUUCUUGUUGCACUGCCCUUACCUGCACAGCAAAAGGGAAAAAUAUUGGUUUUGUAUUGAUUUGAAUGUAUGAAACUUUUCAUAUCUAUGUGCACUUCCUGUAAACACUGAAAUCUUUUAUUUACAUCUUUUAAUGUGGGUAUUUUUUUAGGCUGGUUCUCAAGAGGACAGUCUUAAAAAUCUGAAUUUUCCUGAAAAACUUGUAAACAAUUCAGCAUAUCAUCAGAGAUGACAGGAAAAGUGCCUUUUUUUUUUUUUUGAAAACUUGGUUUUCGUUGAGUUUCUCACUGCACCUUUAUUAACCUCCUGCACAGGGUUCUAGGGUGUCUACUGAAUGAAUGUUGAUGCCAAAUGCUUGUAAUAAAUUACAUUUCCGAUCCAAAGAUGUAGUUUUAACACCAAACAAAUAAAAGAUUAAGAAUGUC